CAGCUGCUGUAAAGUUCGCCAGCGAGCGUAAACGCUUUGUUUAGGAAUUUCCAAAGAUUUGAAUGAUAAAUAUAUUGAAACUAAAAAGUUCGGCGUUUGUUAGUUUUAAAAACGAGUUGUAGCUGUUUUAUGUCGAGUUGCGUCUCUAUGAGAAUGGAUAAUUACCUGUUAUACUGUAGUAGGUUAAGUCUAUAAAAUGUGCCUAUUGGGAUGGUUGUGGAGUAACACUGCACAAUCUGUGUAACUAAUGGCCAAUGCUGAGGUGACAGUCCCCAUGGGGGAUGUGGUUGUGAUUCCCAGUGACUGCACUGAGGGGGAAGAUCCAGAGGAUACCAAGACACAGGUGAUCCUGCAGUUGCAGCCCAUACCUCAUGGGAUUUAUGGGGAUAUGACUGACACCAGUGCAGCUGUUGUGUCUUUGGAGACUCACACCUUAAAGAUGGGUGACACCCUAGAUGGUGGCACUGUGGAGUUAAGUGAGGACAUUGACAUUGCUUACCCAAUAACCUGCGGGGAAAGCAAGGCAGUACUGCUGUGGAAGAAAUUUGUGUGUCCUGGAAUCAACGUAAAAUGUGUUAAGUUUAAUGAUCAGCUGAUCAGUCCAAAACAUUUUGUUCAUUUGGCUGGAAAAUCCACCUUAAAGGACUGGAAAAGAGCCAUUCGUCUUGGUGGAACAAUGCUGAGAAAGAUGAUGGAUACUGGCCAAAUUGACUUCUACCAGCAUGACAGAGUCUGCACAAACACAUGUCGCAGCACUAAGUUCGACCUGCUGAUUAACAGUGCUCGUGCCCCUGUUCCAGGACAGGGUACUAUAGUGCAGACUCCCAGCACUACAGAAGGCAGCCUUUCAUCUGUAACUGUAUCCGAACAGAUGGUGGAAGAUACUACAGUCGAGUGGGGCACAGGCCUUACUGCCACCUUACAGAUGAACAGAGAAGAGAGGACCAAAAAGGAGGGGGAGGAGAUAUCUGAGGAGACGUUGUUGUUUUGGAAAGGUAUCUCUGAUGUGGGGCUGAUGGAUGAGGUAAUAAACAAAAUUCAUAAUGAGAUUGAGGAACUUUUGAGUGGUGUCCAGCAGCGAGCAGGACAGAUUCCCUUCCAAGUGUCGGAUGCCACUGUGCUCAGUAAUGUUGCUCACAGCUUUGGAUUAUUAGACUCAGUGAAAAAAGUACUCGAACAAAAGAAGAGUCAAACUGAACAUAGUGAAGAACAAUAUCAUUAUACAUUAGCAGAACUGGAGCGACAGCUAGAGGAGCAAAAAAAGCAAGAGGGCAGCAAAUCCCCUCUCCUUCAAAAUGUUGUUUUAAUGCCUAUGAGUACGCCAAAACCACCCAAGAGGCCACGUCUCCAGCGCCCAGCUUCUGCUGGUUCUCUGAACAACCCUUCUUCCCAGCCCCACUAUACAGUAUUGUCCCCCUUAACACUGGCACCAGUUGGCCAGCAGUUCUCCUUGGGUGGCGUACGCUAUGCCACUGUGCUGGGAAAAUCUGGAUCCGGGGAUACACUGGCAGUACUCACAACAGAUAUGCAAGAAACGGGCGAACUAACCGGAGUAAUGAGCCCUGUAGAGCUAGUAGCUAUGGAUACAGGACUUGGUCAUGAUGGGGUGGGUGAAGAAGGCCAAACAAUCAUACAGAUAGAUCCAGCCCCUGACCCAGAAGGAGGAUCCAAAGUGAUGGAACUGGGAGAUGGAAAAGUCCUAGGUGUUAAUCCAGAUGGAAUACACAAUGUGGAGAUCGUGGUCCUGGAGGAUGACUAGAGCUGAGGCAGGUGAAUGAUCCAACCUAGAAAGAAGCAUAAUUUGUUCACCCUUUGUGCUUAACCCUAAUGAGAAGCAAAGUGAAAUAAUAAAAUGUGGAAGUAUCUGGUAAGCUAAUCAUACCUCUACACUUGAGAAUUAUUUUUUUGAACUGAAGGAAGAAGAAAUGACAAGCCUAUCAACUUUACCACAUUUUCUGUAUAUAAAGUGUGUAAAAACAAAAAAUGAAUGUAGAAAGUUGUUGAAUUUUUUUUUUGUAUUAAUAUAAAUUUCAGUGAUACAUAUUUAAUCGUA